AUGAAAGAAUUAUAUAAACCACAAACAGCAAACAAAGAAGCUGCUGAACGUAAUAUAUUACCUCGUCUAGGCAUAAGCGAUACUGUAAAUCGGGUUUUACGCUCGGCAUGGGAAAAAAAUCUUUCGAAUCUUAAUGAUCUUGUACUCGAUUUAACUGAAGAAUUUUUAACUACUAUUGUUAAUCAACCACUUAAAGUUAUUCGUGAUCAAAUUGUUGAAAAAGAUUAUCUAUUAUGUGAUUAUAAUCGUAAUGGAGAUUCAUAUCGAUCACCAUGGACAAAUAAUUAUACACCACCAUCUAAUGGAAAUCUUCCAUCAGAUCGUCUUCGUCAACUUGAAAUCGAAGCUAAUCAAAUGUUUGAACAAUAUCAUAAAAUGUCUUUUGAAGGUGGUGUUUCUUCAGUUUAUUUUUGGGAUCUUGAAAAUGGUUUUGCUGGUGUUAUACUUAUUAAAAAUUUUUAUGAUGGAAGUAGUACAAGUAAAGGCUGUCGGGAUUCAAUUCAUGUUGUUGUAGUAGAAGAAAAACAAAAUGGUCGUUCAACACAUUAUAAAUUAACAUCAACAGUAAUGCUUUGGUUACAAAUAAAUGAAACAAUGUCUGACAUGGUGAAUUUAGCUGGAAAAUCAAUACAACUUGAAUCUGAUCAUCAAAUAACAGAUUUUAGUCAACAUAUAAUUAAUAUUGGUACAAUUGUUGAACAAAUGAAAAAUAAAAUUCAUCAAACACUUAAUUCAAGCUAUUCUGAAAAAAAAACAUAUAUUAAAUAG